AUCCCGACCCCCACUCUCUCUAUUACUCAUAAAGGGCAUUAUAGAUUUUAUUUUGAUGGAUUGAUAAUUAUAGUACGAGAGCACGAGAGCCUCUGAAAGCUUGAAGCUUCUGCCCCAGUUCUCUCACUUUCAGGCUCCGACCAGUUCUCUCGACUCUCCCUCUCUCUCACAUUCAUUCGGUCACUCUCUCAAUCUCUCAUUCAGUAAAUGAGUGAACCAACAUCAAGUGGCGUCAAAGAGGAUGACAAUUUGGCCCUAGAGUACAACAGUAACAAUGUCAAGAAGGCAAAGCUAAACUCAACACUAGCUGCCCUCCUCGAUGAUCCUGUGCUUGCGGAUGUACCAAAAAAGCCGACUCUAUCAGAUGUUGACACCCUAAUCAGCUUGGAACUUGGCAGUGCUAUGAGGGUUUCUGUACUUAAAUUGGACAACACAUCUUUUGAUGUGGCACUGAUGAAUUCUGCAACAGUCAAGGAUUUGAAACUUGCCAUCAAGAAAAAAAUCAACGAAAUGGAGCAGUCAAAGAUGGGUCAUCGCCACAUUUCUUGGAAGCAUGUGUGGCGAAACUUCUGCCUCUCAUAUCACAAUGAAAAGCUCCUUAACGAUGAUGCAAUCCUUCAAGAUCAUGGCAUGCGUAAUCACUCCCAGGUGCAUUUUAUCCCAUAUGUCAUGUCAAGGGCUUCAAAGCGGCAUUCACGAAGAAGAAAGCAUCGAUUUUUUCAUGGUCUCAACAGAAGGGAAUGAAAUUUCCAAUCCUUAAAUUGUUGUGAUAUAACAGAGGGCCAAGAGACCAGCAUUCAACUUAGGCUUUUGCAAGAUUAGGGGAGGCUUCUGCAUCUACAAGGAGGCUAUUUUCAUGGCUCCACAAAGUGUAAUCUUUACCGGUUAUCACAGUGCUCGCAUCUACCAUUGCUACCGGAGUUUUGAACCCAUCCAGCCGAGCUCUUUAUGAACUAAUAACUAUGAAUUUUGGCUUUAAAAUCAGUUUUUCAAUCUUGUUCUUAUUAGGCACGUUUUUGUAUUUGGAUGCUUGUUGCAAAAAGCAUAGGUUUUUCUUUUCAAGGUCGGGCUUGGGCUUUUGAGGCCGGGCUUUUCAGGCAUGGGCUUUGGCUGGCUUUUUCAACAAAAAUAAUGCUUGAUGGGGUUUUAAGGCCUGAACUGGGCCCGGACUUGAGGUUUAAAACCAGAUGUUAUUAUCAUCUGUUCAGAAAUGAAUGAUCGUGUAUAUUUAAGUCACUUUUGAGUC